AUCCCACCAUUGAACCCGCAGCCUGCUUGCACGCCCCGCCAUGGACAAGCAGCAGGAUCCGCUGCUGGGGCGGCCUCUCUAUCUCUACGAUCUGCCGCCCGAAAUCCUUGAUUCGCUCGCCCUCAAGCCCGAAGCGGGGCUACCCGGCCAAAAUGACCAGGCUUCAGCCGACUCCGUACCCCCGUCCGGAGGGCAGAGCCCGGGCCCAAUCCCGAACUCGGCCGGCCCAGAAAACGUCCUCGGCUCGCAGGCCUGCUCCCUCUGCGGCCUGUCGUUCGUCACCGUGCAGGAGCAGAAGGACCACCUCAAAACCGACCUCCACUACUACAACCUCAAGCAGAAGAUGCACGGCCUCAAGCCCGUCUCCGAGGCCGAGUUCGAGAAGCUGGUAGAGGAGAACGACGUGAGCAUAUCUGGGUCAGACACGUCCGAGAGCGAGGACGAGGAAGCCGAGACCGCGCGCAGGGACACGACGCUGUCUGCGCUGUUGAGGAAACAAGCUUCGCUGGCGGAAAAGCGCGCCCCCGUCGACAGAGACGAAGAUGAAGAGCCGAAAAAGAGGAGGAGGAGGGGCACGGGCAAGCCGCCAUUACUGUGGUUCAGCUCUCCCAAGCUACCUGACAACACCUACUUUGGGAUAUACCGGGCCAUGUUCACGCCCGAAGAGCUGGACGAGGAGGACAAGAUCGUCGACGCGAUCAAACAGAGACAACUGCCCCCGAUAUCCAUGCCCAAAGCCCCCAAGGAUGGGGACGCGGCUCCCCCAGCCUACAAUGGCAAGCACAUCUUCCUCUGCAUGAUCGGCGGCGGCCACUUCGCUGCCAUGGUAGUCUGCCUGGCCCCCAAGCGGAGCAAGCACGGCACCCUCGGGCCGCUAAACAGGGAGGCCAUCGUCUUGGCCCACAAGACCUUCCACCGGUACACGACUCGCCGGAAACAGGGCGGCUCGCAAUCGGCCAACGACAACGCCAAGGGAGCAGCCCACUCGGCCGGCUCCUCCCUCCGUCGCUACAACGAGCAGGCCCUCGUCGACGACGUCCGCGGCCUCCUCAAGGACUGGAAAGCCCUGAUCGAUACCUCGGACCUCCUGUUCAUCCGAGCGACGGGCACGAUAAACAGGCGGACGCUGUUCGGGCCGUACGACGAUCAGGUCCUGCGUGCCGACGACCGCCGCAUCAGGGGCUUCCCCUUCAGCACACGCCGGGCGACACAGAACGAGCUUAUGCGCUCCUUCAUCGAGCUGACGCGGCUGAAGGUGAAGGAGAUCCACCCGCCCUCAGCGGCCGCCGCUCCGCCGCCAGACGAGGCAGCGAAAGCCGCCAAACCCAAACAACCCGAGCCCAAACCCGCCCGGCCAAGGCUCACCGAGGAGGAAGAGACCGCGCUCCUGCACACGAACCAGAUCCAAGCGCUGGUCCGCCGCUCCAAGCUGCCCGCCCUGCUCUCGUACCUGAGCACCAACAACCUGCCGGCCAGCUUCCUCUUCCACCCGCCGGACGCGCAGCAGAACCACCACGCGCCGACGGCGCUGCACCUGGCCGCGGCGCAGAACUCGGCCGCGCUCGUGGCCGGCCUGCUCGCGCGCGCCGGCGCCGACCCGACGCUGCGCAGCCGCGAGGGCCGCACGCCGUUCGAGCUGGCCGGCGACCGCGCCACGCGCGACGCCUUCCGCGUCGCCCGCGCCGAGCUGGGCGAGGCCGCCUGGGACUGGGACGCCGCGCGCGUGCCGGGCCCGCUGAGCCGGGCGGAGGCCGAGCGGCGCGCCGAGAGCGAGCGCGAGCAGGAGCGCAGCCGCGAGGAGGAGCGGCGCCGGGCCGAGGUCGAGCGGUUGAGGGCAGAGGGGCCCAAGGUGGACGAGAGGCCCGCCCCGGGGAGGAAGGUGGGGGGGAUCUUGAAUGCCGGCCCGCCCAAGACGGCCGAGGAGAGGAGAUGGGAGGAAGCCAGGGGCCUGACGGCCGAGCAGAGGAUGCGGUUGGAAAGGGAGCGGCGGGCGAGGGCGGCCGAGGAGAGGAUCAGGCGGAUGCAGGGCGGCGGUAACUACCAGCAGUCAAGACAAAUUAUCCUGCAAAAAGAGCGAGCCGAGUCCUCCCAGCUUACCCAGCACCUCAGGUCAACGACCCUUUAG